AGUAAUCUGUUAUUUAUGAAAUAAAUAAAAUGUUUUAGUUUUAACUUAACCUAAAUAAUCAUAAUCGUUUCAUUUGGUUUUCUUUAACAAACUAAAAUAAUAUUUUUUUCAUAAUGGAUAUUGGUGAAUUGCUGGAUUAUAAACCACCACAAGCUCUUAAGAGACCAGUUGAAACCGAAGAUGAUGAAGAUGAAACGGAGAAAACGCGUAAAAUGCGACGAAUUGCAAGAGCCAAAGCUAAUAAAAUGGCUAGAUCUUCAUCUCCUACACCCUCCGUACAAACGUUAGAUCAAAUAUCUGAAGAGGAAAGAGCCGAGAUUUUAAAAUUCGUUGAAACCGAACAAACACAGGGCGAAGUCGUAGAUGAAACUGCUAUUAAGAAAAUAGUUUUAAACUUUGAGAAAAGAAGUUUAAAGAAUAGAGAAAUGCGUAUAAAGUUUCCAGAUUCCCCUGAAAAAUUUAUGGAGAGUGAAGUAGAACUUCACGAAAUAUUACAAGAAAUGAGAGUUCUAGCAACUGCCCCUGAUUAUUAUCCUUUAUUAGUAAAGUUACAAAUUGUACCAAGUCUCUUAGAAUUGUUGUCUCAUGAUAAUACAGAUAUUGCGGUCGCUACUGUUGAACUUCUGCAAGAACUUACGGAUGUAGACAUUCUAAAUGAAUCAGAGGAAGGUGCUGAAGCUCUAAUUGAAGCCCUUUUAGAACAUCAGGUGAUUGCUUUGUUAGUACAAAAUUUGGAUCGUCUAGAUGAAUCUGUAAAAGAAGAAGCUGAUGGUGUUCACAACACAUUAUCCAUUAUUGAAAAUCUUACAGAAUUGAGUGGGGACAUUACUAGUGAAGCUAUGAAACAAGGAUUGUUAGCAUGGCUGUUGAAGAGGUUGAGAUUAAAAAACCCUUUCGACGCAAAUAAAUUAUACGCAAGUGAGGUGUUAUCUAUUUUACUUCAGGACAACGAAAAAAACAGGGUGGCAUUAGGAGAACUUGAUGGAAUCGACACUUUAUUACAACAACUUGCUUUCUACAAACGUCACGAUCCUAACAGUGCCGAAGAACAUGAACUUAUGGAAAAUCUUUUUAAUUGUUUGUGCAGUGCUUUGAUGGUGGUGACUAACAGAGACCGUUUUUUGAAAGGGGAAGGAUUACAACUUAUGAAUUUAAUGUUAAGAGAAAAGAAAACUUCACGAAAUGGAUCUUUAAAGGUGUUAGAUUAUGCAAUGUCUGGACCUAACGGUAAAGACAACUGUAACAAAUUCGUAGAUAUAUUGGGAUUAAGGACAAUAUUUCCCUUGUUCAUGAAGACCCCAAAAAAGAAUAGAAAAAGGGUAUUACUGGCAGAGGAGCACGAAGAACAUGUCUGCUCUAUCAUCGCGUCAAUGUUGAGGAACUGUCGGGGUUCUCAAAGGCAAAGACUUGUGAGUAAGUUUACAGAGAAUGAUCACGAAAAAGUGGACCGUCUUCUAGAGCUACAUUUCAAAUACCUUGAAAAAGUCGAGGCUCUCGAUGAAACGAUAGAGGACAAUGAAGAAGACGAGGAUGCCGUUUAUUUGAAGAGGUUAGAGGGGGGGCUUUUUACUUUACAGUUAGUUGAUUAUAUUAUAGUGGAGGUGUGUGCCGCUGGUCCUACUAGUAUUAAACAACGCGUUAUGCAAAUAUUGAACCUUAGGGGAGCAUCACUGAAGACGAUUAGGCACAUUAUGAGGGAGUAUGCGGGAAACCUGGGGGAGGAAGGGGACAAAGAUUGGAGAGAUCAGGAGCAGCAACAUAUUUUAAAUUUGGUCGACAAAUUUUAAAACUGCAGUUCUCUAAUAAAAUAUUUUUCAAAUAUUAAAAAACAUUUAAUAUUUAUUUUUGUAAUAUUGUGAUAAUUCUUUGUAUCUUAUGGUUAUUUCCUGUAUGAUAGAAAUUUUUUUAAUAAAAAAAUUUCAUGUUACUUUAAA